UUGUCAAACUUAGUCAAAUCAAAAUAUGGCGUCGUUUGUAAGUAGUGUUUUGGUUGUUCUUUAAAUUUGAAUGUUUAGAUUAAGUUUCGAACAAUUCGUGCCGUUUUGAAGCAGAUUAUGUGUGGAGUUCUUUGAUGUGUAUUGUGGUUUCAAGAAGAGUUUCAUUCAUAUUUCGAAAAGAUAUGGUAUCUGGUCGACAAUUCCAGCCUCCUUCAAAUAGAAAGUGCAAUAUUCAGUGUUGAAUAAGGAUACCGUACAUAACCUCAUCAAAAUGAAGCAUAGUAUUUCCUGCAAAGCAGAUCUUUAACCAUGAACGACCAUUUACCAUUCAGGGAGCCAGCGCCAAUUAGCCUGGCUCAUACAAAACGUCAUAGAUUGACAAUCUUCAAAGAUGCCGUCCCUUCAGUACAUGGAAAACCAGCAGUUUCAACAAAUGGAAAAACCAGGCUCAGCACUCAUCAAAGGAACCUCAGUCUGGAUUUUAGAUCUAUGGGCAUCCUCCUUCCGCCCGUCACCCAGGUGACAGCGGCUCCUGCAGUGACCAACUUGACGCUGCACCAUCGGAACCGUAGUUUAGAUUCCGCCCUACAGAGGAUCCCAGAAGUGGAUGUCACCCCAAGUCCCGAGUGCGAAAAAGGGUCCAAUAGUAUUCUAGCCGCCUCCAAAGUUCAUUCCUGCAACGUAGCUAACACUAGACAACGAGAUGAAGUUGUGAGUCUAGGCUCCGACGAUUCCGGCAUACUGUGCGGUUCGGACAGCGGCGCCAGCGACGCCGCCACCAGGGAGUCCAGCAUCCAGCUGAGUCGCGAGAGCCUGCAGAGCAACGACGCGAAAAAGUGCGACGCUAACAACGACGACGCGGAGAGCGCCGUCUCGUCCGCGGACGACGAGAAGAACGACGUCGGUACGCUUGGAAGGACUAGUGGUUGUUGCGCGUCGGAAACGGAACAGUCCGACAGGCCGGAAGUGUCCAAGAGUUUCGGUUUGUUGCGGUUGCUCGAGAGCAAGGUGUUCGACGUCGCGAUGGCCAUCCAUUACCUGUUCAAGAGCAAAGAACCGGGCGUGCAGAGUUACAUAGCUAAUAAGCUGUUCAGUUUCCCGGACGACCGAGUCGAUUUCUACCUUCCGCAGCUUGUCUGCAUGUACAUACAGAUGCACGAUGUCGCCGAAGUCAUCCAUCCUUACCUUGUCCAUCGAUGUCGACAAUCGAUAGACUUCUCCCUCAAGUGCGCGUGGCUCUUAGACGCCUAUGGCUCAGACGCGACGCCUCCAACGAAAAAGAAACCUUAUAGCGUCAAACUGAAGAAUCUCAUCCUGUCGGAAGAAUUGAGGCCGAAGAACAAGAUGGCCGUCUCCCUGACCGGAGCUCUGGAAAAGUCAAUCACUUCUCCAUCGACAACCCUGCCUUCAAAAAAGUCUCACCAGAGGUCACAAAGCGAUGCUUCCGCACUCUCUUCCAGAAGUGGAAUCGGCCCCACGACGAAGUUAUGCCUGGGAGACUUGAGCUCAGGCAGGGCUUUCGACAAUGGUUGCAUAUGUUUCGACAGUUGCAUGGGACUAGUGAAUGAUCUUAAAGGACGUAAGACUGAAUGUACCUGUUCGGCGCCGAGGUUAGCGCCCCAGUUGGAAUUCCUCCAAGCCCUCAUCUUAAUCGGCAAACUGCUUAGUUCCAUACCAACGAAGGAGGCGAAGACCACAAGACUGGUAGCCGAACUGACUACUCUUAACCUUAAUUUGCCGGCACGUGUAUGGCUACCUUUAGACAGCACCACGCCCCAUCAUAUAGUUAGGAUACCGCCCCAAGUGGCGGCUGUACUGAACUCCAAAGAUAAGGCACCUUAUAUUAUUUAUAUGGAAGUCGUAGAAGUAGACGAUUUAUACAGUUCUCCAAUAACUCCUAAAAUAAUGCCAACCUUGAGGCAUACAAAAUCUGAAGAGAAUCUUGGCGGCUAUGACAACAAUUCUGCUUCCGCCUUCAGCAUGUGUGGGAUGCUCUGCGAUGAUAAUGACCCUGAUUGGAGUAAGGAGGACGAUGAAAUAUCACGACAGUAUACUCAGAUGAAAAAACCGAUAGAUCGAGACACCAUCUCUCAAAUGAGUCAAGACUCGAGCGAUUCUAGAGAACCACCAAUGUGGAUAGCAGCCAUCGACAUCAGAAAAAGGUUGAGCGAGUCUUUCUUUGAAAAUCAAAAUAAACAAUUCACACACGAUCCAGAAGAUCCGUCUGCAGCUGUUCUGAAAGAGCCUUGGCUGGAAAAAGAACAGAGAGUUCGAGAAAGUUCACCUUAUGGUCAUCUUCCAACGUGGAGGUUGUUGUCAGUUAUAGUAAAAUGUGGAGACGAUUUAAGACAGGAAUUGAUGGCAUCUCAAUUGCUCCAAAUGUUCCAGAAAAUAUGGGAAAUGGAGCAUGUUCCUCUUUGGGUCCACCCUUAUAAAAUUUUAUGUCUUUCGAACGACAGUGGUCUGAUUGAGCCGAUCUUGAAUACCAUUUCACUCCAUCAAGUUAAAAAACAUGGGCAGCUGUCUUUGUUGGAAUAUUUCAUCAGAGAGUACGGUCCUCUGACAUCGGAAGCCUUCCUGAGCGCACAAAAGAAUUUUGUCCAGAGCUGUGCUGCCUACUGCCUUAUUUGCUAUUUGAUCCAAGUGAAAGAUCGGCAUAACGGUAACAUUCUGUUGAAGAGUGACGGUCACCUGAUCCACAUCGAUUUCGGCUUCAUCCUAUCAACUUCCCCUAAAAAUCUCGGUUUUGAGACGUCUCCCUUCAAACUUACUCCUGAAUUCGUGGAGAUUAUGGGUGGUGAAGAUUCCGAUAUGUUUGAGUACUUCAGGAUACUGAUUUUGCAGGGUUUGAUUGCUGCCAGGAAGCAUCAAGACAUGAUUAUUCCCUUAGUCGAAAUUAUGAGAUCAGGAUCCCAGUUGCCCUGCUUCAAGUCUGGAGCAGCCACUGUUCAGAAUCUGAAGAAUCGUUUCCACAUGAACAUGACUGAAGAACAGCUUCAAUUAGAAGUGAACAAAAUGGUGGAGGGCAGUAUUCACUCCUUAUCAACAAAACUUUACGACGGUUUUCAAUACUUUACUAACGGAAUACUAUAAAGUGUGAUAAUUUUUUACUGUAUAUUAAUAUUUGAAAGUAUGUAAUAUUAUUAAUAUUUAAUAUAUAAACUAUGCAAAGACUAUAAAUUAUAAUUAUAGUGAAUUUUUCAAUCAAAGAAGUAUUCCAUGUAAUCAUUCUUUAAGUGAAAUGGUUUUUGGGAAGAUGUUGCUGUCUCCUACUUUUCGAUGAUGUGGAUUUUAAAGGAAUUUAGGAAUAUUGAAGAAAAUAUCGACUGUGAUUCUCUGUUUUUAGCAGGGGUACUUAGGAGAACAAUUUUAAAUCUAAGAUAUGGUACUAAUGAAGAAAUUUUUAUCAAAUUAUUACCAAAAAAUUGUAAGAUAGUUAGUAGAAUUUUGAAAUUCCAAGGUGAGAUUAUAAUCAGGGGCGUAACAUCUUUUUAAAAAUAAUCAAUAUAAAAAUUAAGUAAGUUCCGACUUAUUUUUAUCAUAAUUUUUACUGAAUUAGUUGUUACUGGUUCGUUUAAUAUAAAAAUGGAAUAUAUCUUUGGAGGUUAUUAAAUUAAGGAUUAAUUAAAAUACUCGCCUGUAUGUUACUAAGGUCAAAAUUUUCUAUGAAUGUUGUUAAAUGCUCAAAGUUUUCAACACCAGUUACACAGUUUCAUUAUGUAAAAAAAUCAGUUGUCUUAACAUUUUAACUGUAUCAUUGCCAUUAAAUGUUUAAGUAAAUCAUUUAUCCCAUA